UUCGAGAUCUUCUCCGCCCCCGCUACCGGUGCCUUCUUCUGCGGCCGCUGAGCCGGAGCCGGCCUGAGCGGCGUUCUCCGCUGCGGCUUCCUUCCCAGACCUAGGCGCCUGCGAGGACACCCUCCCUUCUCCCGAGAGUCCCUAUCCCCCGGCCCACGCGGCUUGCUCUCCGCGCGCCAGCCCCGCCGGGGUCCGUGUCCUGUUUCGCCGGCCGGACCUGGGCUCGAGCCCGAACUGUAGCCGGCGCCAUGUCGGUGGUGGGCAUAGACCUGGGCUUCCAGAGCUGCUACGUCGCUGUGGCCCGCGCCGGCGGCAUCGAGACCAUCGCUAAUGAGUACAGCGACCGCUGCACGCCGGCUUGCAUUUCUUUUGGUCCUAAGAAUCGUUCAAUUGGAGCAGCAGCUAAAAGCCAGGUAAUUUCCAACGCAAAGAACACAGUCCAAGGAUUUAAAAGAUUCCAUGGCCGAGCAUUCUCUGACCCAUUUGUGGAGGCAGAAAAAUCUAACCUUGCAUAUGAUAUUGUGCAGCUGCCCACUGGAUUAACGGGUAUAAAGGUGACAUAUAUGGAGGAAGAGCGAAAUUUUACUACAGAGCAAGUGACUGCCAUGCUUUUGUCCAAAUUGAAGGAGACAGCAGAAAGUGUUCUUAAAAAGCCUGUUGUGGACUGUGUUGUUUCGGUUCCUUGUUUCUAUACUGAUGCAGAAAGACGAUCCGUGAUGGAUGCAACACAAAUUGCUGGUCUUAAUUGUUUGCGAUUAAUGAAUGAAACUACUGCAGUUGCUCUUGCAUAUGGAAUCUAUAAGCAAGAUCUUCCUGCCUUAGAAGAGAAACCAAGAAAUGUAGUUUUCAUAGACAUGGGUCAUUCUUCUUAUCAAGUCUCUGUAUGUGCAUUUAAUAGAGGGAAACUUAAAGUUCUGGCCACUGCAUUUGACACAACGCUGGGAGGCAGAAAAUUUGAUGAGGUGUUAGUAAAUCACUUCUGUGAAGAAUUUGGGAAGAAAUACAAGCUAGACAUAAAGUCCAAAAUUCGUGCAUUAUUACGACUGUCUCAGGAGUGUGAGAAACUCAAGAAAUUGAUGAGUGCAAAUGCUUCAGACCUCCCUUUGAGCAUCGAAUGUUUUAUGAAUGAUGUUGAUGUAUCUGGGACUAUGAAUAGAGGCAAAUUUCUGGAGAUGUGUGAUGAUCUCUUAGCUCGAGUGGAGCCACCGCUUCGUAGUGUUUUGGAACAAGCCAAGUUAAGGAAAGAAGAUAUUUAUGCAGUGGAGAUAGUUGGUGGUGCAACACGAAUCCCUGCAGUGAAAGAGAAGAUCAGCAAAUUUUUUGGUAAAGAACUUAGUACAACACUAAAUGCUGAUGAAGCGGUCACUCGAGGGUGUGCAUUGCAGUGUGCAAUCUUAUCGCCUGCUUUCAAAGUCAGAGAAUUUUCUAUAACCGAUGUGGUACCAUAUCCAAUAUCUCUGAGAUGGAAUUCUCCAGCUGAAGAAGGGUCAAGCGACUGUGAAGUCUUUACAAAAAAUCAUGCUGCUCCUUUCUCUAAAGUGCUCACAUUUUAUAGAAAGGAACCUUUCACUCUGGAGGCCUAUUACAGCUCUCCGCAGGAUUUGCCCUAUCCAGAUCCUGCUAUAGCUCAGUUUUUAGUUCAGAAAGUCACUCCUCAGUCUGAUGGCUCCAGUUCAAAAGUGAAAGUCAAGGUGCGAGUAAAUGUCCAUGGCAUCUUCAGUGUGUCCAGUGCAUCUCUAGUGGAGGUGCUCAAGUUUGAGGAAAAUGAGGAACCAAUGGAAACAGAUCAGAACGCAAAGGAGGAAGAGAAAAUGCAAGUGGACCAGGAGGAACCCCAUGCUGAAGAGCAGCAGCAGCAGCACACACCAGCAGAAAAUAAGGCAGAGUCUGAGGAAAUGGAGACCUCUCAAGUGGGAUCAAAAGACAAAAAAAUGGACCAACCACCCCAAGCCAAGAAGGCAAAAGUGAAGACCAGUACUGUGGACCUGCCCAUUGAGAAUCAGCUGCUGUGGCAGAUAGACAGAGAGAUGCUCAACUUGUACAUCGAAAAUGAGGGUAAGAUGAUCAUGCAGGAUAAACUGGAGAAGGAGAGGAACGAUGCCAAGAACGCUGUGGAAGAGUAUGUGUACGAGAUGAGGGACAAGCUUAGCGGCGAGUACGAGAAGUUUGUGAGUGAGGCUGAUCGUAACAGUUUUACCUUGAAAUUAGAAGAUACUGAAAAUUGGUUAUAUGAGGAUGGAGAAGACCAGCCAAAGCAAGUUUAUGUUGAUAAAUUGGCAGAAUUAAAGACUCUAGGUCACCCUAUUAAGAUGCGAUUCCAGGAAUCUGAAGAAAGACCAAAAUUAUUUGAAGAACUAGGGAAACAAAUCCAACAGUAUAUGAAAGUAAUCAGCUCUUUCAAAAACAAGGAGGACCAGUAUGACCAUUUGGAUGCUGCGGACAUGACGAAGGUGGAGAAGAGCACGAAUGAAGCCAUGGAGUGGAUGAACAACAAACUGAAUCUGCAGAACAAGCAGAGUCUGACUGCGGAUCCUGUUGUCAAAGCAAGAGAGAUUGAAGCUAAAAUUAAGGAGCUGAUGAAUACCUGUGGGCCUGUAGUUUCAAAGCCAAAGCCCAGAGUGGAACCUCCAAAAGAGGAGCAAGACACCGCUGAGCAGAACGGGCCGGUGGGCGGGCAAGGGGACGGCCCGGCCGACGGCCCAAGCCCUCAGGAUGCUGAGCAGGGCACAGGCACAGCGGCACCUUCGGGUUCCGACAAGAAGCUUCCUGCAAUGGACAUUGAUUGAUUCUGACCGUUGUUUCUAUUAAAACAGACUGUUAUAAAGCUUUAAGUGGUCAACUUUGUUCUGAAUAUCAACUAGAGCAAUCAAAUACUGGAGAUUUCUUAGUCAGUUUUUAGGGGGUUUUGGGGGAGGGGAUAUAGGUAAUGUAUGGAGCCUUUUGACUUCUAAAUAGUUAGAUACAGAAAUUAAGUGCAUUGUAUCUUUUUCAUAAUGGUACUAUUUAGAAGCCCAGUUAGUCUUACUUACCGAGCUUCUGCGGCACUCCUUUUCUGUUUAAUCAUGCUUACACAAAGUUGUUUGUUUGGGAAGGCUGAGCUGUAAUAAAAGCUCCAACUACCUGUCAAGCAGACUUUUCAUUGUGACCUAUGUGGCAGGAACUCUCAAAAUUGUGCUUCAAAACUCUGUUGUGGAGAUGGCCACGAAGGCUCCCCGCCUGGUGUGGGGGUGGGGCUGGGGGCCCCCUCUUGCUGAGGGCUAGAGCAUGGCGUGGCAUGGGUUAAUUAACCUAGCGGAACACAAGAGACCUGAGAGGAGUAUGCUCUGAGCUCUUUCUGCUCUGAGCACUUGCCCACCUUGCUGUGCUCUUUGGGGGCCACCACCCGCCCCUCCUGUCCCCUGGAGAGGAGUGCCUCUGACAGAUGCUGUGUGCUGCCCUUGGGGAGAUGGACCCUUCACCUGCAGCAUGUUGAUAACAGGAUUUGGGACCUGGAAGCUCUUCCUGAGAAAGAAUGUUCCUGAAAGUGCAUUCACUCUAAAGCCCCAAGCAUCAAGUCUAAAUCAUUUUCUCAUUGGAAAGUUAGAAUUGGAUAGAUGUAUUGUUGGAUAUAGGCAUGGUAAAUUGAACUGAGGAAUUGAUUCUUGUUAAUUAUGGUGUAAAGAUUUGUAUCCUGACCUGCUCAUUCAGGUGAGAGAUGUUCUGUGUAAAUUUGAAGUAUAGCUUGAAGUCCUAGGACAAGAGUUAAAAGUGCUUUUUAGCUCAUUCACAGUCACUGUGUGUUGUGUUAAUACCUGCCACGAACCUGCCGAUUUAUGUGUUAAACAGCUGAAAGAUACAGAAAAAAACCCCUAAGAUACACUGGAUUGUCCUGGAUGAGUCUGAAAUUAGUGUUAAGUGUGGUGCCCGAUUUCAGCAUCGCCGCAUUCUUUCUGCGCGGCCAACGUCAGGUGCACGAAGCAUUCCCUGUGGCUGCCCUAUAGGGCAGUAUUGGUAGGGAAGCAUUUGGAAACUCCAAGGGAAGCCUGUGUUAGGGGCUACAGCUUGUACCUCCUUAGAACGAUCAUAAGCUUCAUUGGUUACAUUUUGGAUCUUUGUAAUAAUUGUUAUCUAUGUGUGACAGAGUGCCUCUCUGUUGAUUUUGGCCUAUGCUGUUAGAAAUUAGAUGCUUUGCCUAUUUAGAGUAAGUUUCUGUCCCUGUCUGCACCAAAAACUUGCAGAGUGUUACAGGUUUUGAAGUGCUCUAGAGAAACAGUGCUUAGAGGAAGGUCGAAGUGUAUUUAUGUUGGUGUGUAAGCACGCAUGGGAGCCUCUAGCACCAGGACUCGGCCCUGUUCUGAGUGUCCACUGUUCAUUCUCCACAGCUUGUGCUCUGGGUUCCAGCUGGCCUGCCGAGACGCCAGUAACUGACUUCGGCUUGCUGGCUGCAGGAUGAAGCCAAUUCUUAGGCAACUGACUCAGUCCUUUAAUGGCCAUUUCUUCUAAAAAACCUUUUUGUGUGGGGGAGGGUGUGGGUGUUGGGAGUGAAAUUAAGUUUAAACUAGAAAUAAGAUGAUGUGGUCUGCUUGCUCUCUGUUUAGACAGGCCUUAAGACCAACUGUAUUAACUUGGAGGCCAGGCCAGAGAGUGGAUGGUAAUUGAUGACUUGUUUGCAGACAAGCGUUUAUCCAGGUUGCAUUACCCAAAUUGGUUUGUUAAAGCUCCAGGUCACGUUCUUACACUAAGAAACAUUAAAUAAACAAAAGUUUAGGAAAAAUUAAUAAAAGAAACCUGUCUUACACUCA